CGAUCAAGGCCGUCCCUCUGACAGCGGUCGAGACACCCGGCGACGCGGCCAACUUUCGGCGCAAAUUUGAGUCGCAGUACCGCGUCCGUGGUGGCAACGUCGUGGCAGCUUAUGGCUGGCUUUUGGACAGCGACCACACCUACAUUGUCCAAGAGCUGUGUUCCAAGUGCAACCUCUUUCGAGCGCUCGUCAGCGCCUUUCGCCAGCU